CAUCCCGGCAGGUCAGUUCGGGUCGGGAAGAAGGCGAGGAGACAAUCACUGGCUUUUGUUUAUACGUUGCAAUUUUAUUUUAUGGGGUAGAAGUGAUUUUUGCAUAUGCAACGAUUCAGAAUAUAUUGAAAGUUUUCCAAGACUGAAGUUUUUGGUUUGGAGUUUUAUAAAAAUAUUUCGCAUCACUAGACUUCGAGGUAAAUUUACGAAGAGAAAGGAAAAAAUACCCCUCCGUCUGUUACAAAGUGUGUUUUGUGAAAUUAAUCUUUUGGAAACCCCUUGGGCGCCUCUACGUAAUCGACAGGCUGACGAAUCGCCAAGUGAACGAGCUGCAAGUCAGUACAAGAAAAUAAGAUGUAUUCCGGAGCAACGAAGUCAUCCCUAAAAUAAGCAACCAUUUUCUAUGAAUGCGUCGUAAACCUCCGUUUUCUAUGAUGAACAUGGUUGCGGACAAAAAGUCGACCAGUUGGAAAACAGUCGGCCUCCUGCUGUUUUUCCCCUUACUCCUCAAGGCCGUCCACGGAGAGCAGUCUUUCGAGGAGGAACCGCAAGACACAACGGCGAAACAUGGCGAGGCGGUGACGUUGCCGUGCAAGAUAAAGGACAGGCGGGGUGUUGUACAGUGGACCAAGGAUGGCUUCGGGCUCGGGACAGACACGGAUCUGCAUGGCUUCAGCAGAUACAAGAUGAUUGUCAAUGAUGAAGAAGGAGUCUACAACCUGUACAUCCGGCCCGUCUUGGUCGAGGACGAUGCCGAAUACCAGUGCCAGGUGGGCGGGGCCGACGGAGAGCGCCAUCUGAAGUCCACGAAUGCCAAGUUAACGGUGCAUUUCCCUCCUAAGGACGCGGACGAUAAGGUGUACUUAGAUAAAUCAUCGCCGAUGUACACGACAGCUGGAGUUCCUGUGCGAAUCACGUGUGAAGCUGGCUUGAGCACACCGGCGGCUGAGAUCAAGUGGCUAAUGAACGACAAGGAAGACUUCCCACGAAACAGCAUUAACACAACGAAGCAGCGGCAGGCGGACAGCAUCCUGGUCGGUGUCAGGAGCCACCUCGACCUGACACCGGAGAGGAAACACCACGAGGCUAACUUCACGUGUCAGGUGUCACAUCCAGCGCUCGAGGAACCGAUUCUCCGCACCCUGACGAUGAUGGUGAAGUACCCGCCGACGGUGAAGAUCGACGUCGACAGCGUCAAGAUUAAGGAGGGGGACGAUGUGAAGUUUACCUGCGCCGCCGAGGGCAACCCGUCCGUCCUCCGUUACCGCUGGGAGGUCGAGGAGCUGAACGUCGUCGGGGACCACACGACGGAGUACAACAUCAAGGACAUCUCACGAGAGAGGAACGGGGCCACCGUCGCCUGCAUCGUGUCCAACUCCAUCGGCACCUCGAAGGACUCCAAGAAGAUCAGCGUCGAAUACGCCCCGCGGUUCACGACGGAGCCGACCGACGUCGACGCUGACGAAGGGGAGCAAGUGACCCUCGCGUGCGACGUGGACGGCAACCCUCCGCCGGAGAUUGUGUGGCUUCACGAGACUCAAAACAAGGUCAUAAAAAUCGGCGCCAAAUUGGAGCUGACCGUCAAGCGAGAGACCGUGGGAACGUACCAUUGCAGAGCCGCUGUUGCAGGUUUUCCCGAGGAAUCAAGGUCAAUGCAGGUGUUCAUGCGCGGAGCACCGAAGGUCAGUCCUCAAGUCGAACAGUUUGGCUUGGAAGGAGACACAAUACAAGUUGAAUGCUUGAUCAAGUCUGUCCCAAAGCCCAGCGAGGUGGUUUGGACGAGGAACGCCCAUACUAUAGACCCAAACAUGUCACGUUUUAACAUUCUGCAAGAGAGCAUACCGGGAGGAGUGAAAAACACACUCAUUAUUCACGACACGACGCCAGAGGAUUUUGGAUUCUACAACUGCACCGCUAAGAAUGGCUACGGGUCACACAUGGCGGAAAUACAGCUCAAAAGACAACAGAGCCUCCCCCUCGUGACGACCCUCGUGGCUAUCAUCGGCGGCAUCCUGUUCCUCGUGGUCGUCAUCAUCGUCAUCGUCCUCUUCAAGAAGAAGGGCAAGGGAUACAAAGAUUCCGGCCUGGAGAAGCACAGCAUGAGGUCCAGCGACCGCUCCUCCACCCACGACUCGGUGCUGAAGGUCGAGACGCGCACCGCCACCGGGUCCGACCUGUCGCCCUCCGAGGAUGACGACUACAGCUCUCACGACGACUGGGACCCGGAGGCCUCCGCCGCCGCCAACGCUCGCCGCCACGACCACUUCCGCUACUCGGCCGGCGACUACGGCGAACCCAUCUUCUCCCCCAAGAUGGGAAAUCACACCAUCAGUGACCGCGUUUUCCCAAUGCCGACUAACCCUCUGACCCCGCCCCCCCUCCAGCCGGACGGCCCCAACAACAACAGCGGGGGCUACGUGCAGUACGUCGACUACUCGAGGGACUACAACCCGCCGCCGCCCGUCAGCUACAGCCGCAACUCAAUGUACGCGAGCGGAGGGGGGGCGCCUCUCAACAACGUGGACCCCCGCUACUCCGCCGCCUACGGGAACCCCUACCUGCGCGUCCCCGCCAGCUCCCGGGCGGCCCACGGCGUCUACGGAACGACCGGCGGCGCUGGCGGGGCCCCUGCCGUGCCCCCGCCGCCGGCAGCGUCGUUGGGGGGCACGACGGAGAAUCUGUACAACGGAAACGCCGCCAUUCUCAAUAAUAACCUCAACAACAACAAUAACAACGCGAAUUACGGCCAGAUAAGCCGGCCGAAUAUCCGGGCGAGCGGGACCAUGAACAAUCAGUACAUCAUGGUGCCGCAGGGCGAGAUGAGGCACGGGGUACACGGGACGCACAUAUGAGGCGGCACCGCGGCUCCUGGCACUCGAGAGCCACAGGAAACAAAGACUCGACGCUUCAUAAUUGGAGCGAGAGAAAGAAAGAAAGAAAAAAUACAGAUAAAAAAAACUCAGCACAACGCGUGUUUUGUUCAGUGUGGAAAAAAGAGAGACUAUGUAUGUAUAUUUUUUCAACUGAACGUAUCUUCUCGCAGUGAAUUGCAGUGUUUUCCACAGUUUUUUUUCUUGGUGUUAUUUAGCAAAAAAAACCUUCGGUACAGUUUGAUUUCGUGAUGGCUGGGAGACCGCAGUGGGCGUCCACCACCCAUUUCGUGCCGACGGCGAUGUGUUACCAAAGUUUAUGCGAACCAAAGAUUAUUGGCUUGAGGAUUUGUCGGGAGAGACGGAUGAAGGAAAGAGGCCUUAGAUGUUAGGCUGGUUGGAGAGAAAGAGAGAGAGAGAGAGAGAGAGAGAGAGAGAGAGAGAGAGAGAGAGAGACAGACAGAGAGAGAGAGAGAGAGAGAGAGAGAGAGAGAGAAAG